GAGAGAAAAAAUCUGUGUAAACCUGACAAAGCGUCUGAGAACAGCCAGUAUCCUCAGAGACUGCGCUCAUGUCACUGGAUGUGUAUUUUGGGAUGGAUGUUUUAUUCGCUGUUUGUUGCAAUGUCUCAUCUCGUGUAGCUGAAGGCUGCUGCGCGUCUGCACGAGCCGUUUGGUGAAUGAUCAGCUACUUUACGGACGAAAAAAAGUUUCUGGGACGCGUAUUUUUUUUUUUUUCGUUUUCUGGAAGGAUUUACCCAAACACGCACGGAUGCUAUCGGUGGCUCGCUAUUGGUAUGCGAUCCUGUCGUUAGUGCCCUGUUGGAUUUGGGAAUAGGGAAUAGUUUUGGUCGCAUUCCUGACUGGAUUCGGCCCAUGAGCUCUCUGUUUAUAUGCGGAUCCUGAACUUCACCAUCAGCUCCUUCUCUCCCAAGUGAUUGGUGGGAAUUCCAGUGAGUGACCGACCUUACAGCCUGCAGUUCAUGGUUGGGUGGAGCCCCUCAGAUGGGAUCCGUGUCCAGGGGGAGGCCGAGGAGGGGGGGAUGGGGAGACACGCCCACUGUUGACGGGAUGUCCACCUGGGGGUGGCUUCUGGGUGCGCUCCUGCUUUUGACCCUGGCAACAGUGUCCGUGGCAAGGCCGUCGUCAAAGAUUGCUGAAAAAGUGGAGACUGCGAGUCAACGUGAAGAGCCUCCAACCAAAAACCAAAACUCUAAGCCCACCCUGUGCUCGGUGCACCCGGGUGAACUGCUCAAGCUCAACUGCCCGCUGCCCGAGGCGGCCGCCAUCGUCUGGACCAAAGACGGCUCCUCACUGGGCCCUGACAACCGCACGCUCAUAGAUCAAGAGUGGUUACAGAUCCGCGACGCCACCCCUAAGGACUCGGGCCUGUAUGCGUGCAGUGCCGCGGGCUCCCGGGCCAGCGACACACUUUGCUUCAUCGUAAACGUUACAGAUGCCAUUUCAUCCGGUGAUGAUGAGGACGACACGGAGCGAUCGGAAGAUGUCGGGGUGGACGGCGAGCAAAUGCUGGUGCCAUAUUGGACCUCGCCGGAUAAGAUGGAGAAGAAGCUGCACGCCGUCCCCGCGGCCAACACUGUGAAGUUUCGGUGCGCGGCGGCAGGAAAUCCUAAGCCUGAAAUGCGCUGGCUAAAAAACGGAAAACCCUUCAAACAGGAUGAUCGCAUGGGCGGUUACAAGCUCCGACUCCAGCACUGGACUCUAAUCAUGGAGAGCGUGGUCCCCUCUGAUAAAGGAAACUACACCUGCGUGGUGGAGAACGCUUACGGAUCCAUCAAUCACACCUACACGCUGGAUGUAGUAGAACGCUCUCCUCACCGGCCCAUUCUUCAGGCAGGCCUUCCAGCCAACGUCACUGUGCAAGUCGGAGAAGACGCUAAGUUCAUCUGCAAAGUUUACAGUGACGCUCAACCUCACAUCCAGUGGCUGCAGCACAUUAUGAAGAACGGCAGCCGUUACGGUCCUGAUGGACUCCCCUACGUCCGGGUGUUGAAGCGUUCGGGCAUAAACAGCUCGGACGUGGAAGUGCUUGUGCUCACCAACGUCACGGAAGAGGACUCUGGUGAAUACACUUGCCAAGUGUCCAAUUAUAUCGGUCAGGUCAGCCAGUCCGGUUGGCUCACUGUCCUACCAGCUGAGCCAGAUGCCAUCGAGCCGGACUAUCCUCCAGACUAUGUGGAGAUCGCCAUCUACUGCAUAGGUGUCUUUCUCAUCGCCUGUAUGGUGGUGAUCGUGGUGGUUUGUCGAAUGAGGACGUCGGCUAAGAAGCCUGAUUUCGGGAGUCAGCCGGCAGUGCACAAGCUGACCAAACAGAUCCCUCUGCGCCGCCAGGUAACAGUGUCGUCUGACUCCAGCUCCUCCAUGAGCUCUAGCACACCAUUGGUCAGGAUCACCACUCGCCGUAGCUCCGCCCACGACGACCCCAUCCCAGAGUACGACCUCCCUGAGGACCCUCGCUGGGAGUUCUCCAGAGACAAGUUAACUCUGGGUAAACCUCUUGGCGAGGGCUGCUUUGGGCAGGUUGUGAUGGCUGAAGCUCUGGGCAUCGACAAAGACAAACCUAAAGAGGCCGUGACGGUGGCUGUCAAGAUGCUGAAAGAUGAUGCAACAGAGAAAGAUCUUUCUGACCUGGUGUCAGAGAUGGAGAUGAUGAAGAUGAUUGGCCGGCACAAGAACAUCAUCAAUCUGUUGGGAGCGUGCACACAGGACGGUCCGUUAUAUGUCAUAGUAGAGUAUGCAUCGAAGGGAAACCUUCGGGAGUAUUUAAGGGCCCGGCGGCCCCCAGGAAUGGAGUACUCAUACGAUAUUGCCCGAGUUUCAGAUGAGCCUCUCACCUUCAAAGAUCUGGUGUCCUGCACUUAUCAAGUAGCUCGAGGCAUGGAGUAUUUAGCCUCACAGAAGUGUAUACACAGGGAUCUGGCUGCCAGGAAUGUGUUGGUCACGGAAAGCAACUUUAUGAAGAUUGCAGACUUCGGCCUGGCCAGAGACGUCCACAACAUAGAUUACUAUAAAAAGACCACAAAUGGUCGUCUGCCGGUGAAAUGGAUGGCUCCAGAGGCACUGUUCGACCGAGUCUAUACGCACCAGAGCGAUGUCUGGUCGUUCGGGGUUUUAAUGUGGGAGAUCUUCACGCUCGGUGGUUCUCCGUAUCCAGGAAUACCUGUCGAGGAGCUCUUUAAGCUACUAAAAGAGGGUCAUCGCAUGGACAAGCCUGCUAACUGCACCAACGAAUUGUACAUGAUGAUGAAGGACUGCUGGCAUGCGAUCUCUUCCCACAGGCCCACAUUCAAACAGUUGGUCGAGGACUUGGACCGGAUUCUCACUUUGGCAACCAACGAGGAGUAUCUGGACCUGUGCGCCCCAGUGGAGCAGUAUUCUCCCAGCUUCCCCGACACACGCAGCUCCUGCUCCUCCGGAGACGAUUCGGUCUUCUCCCACGAGCCCUUAGCAGAUGAGCCCUGCCUUCCCAAGUACCAGCACAUCAACGGAGGCAUAAAAACAUGAGCCUCUUCAGCCUUCUCCAGACCCACCACAUCCAAGCUACGUUUGCAGUUCUCAACAAGACUGAGAGACUAUUACCCACAAUUCCCUUGUCCCCAUCCAGAACCGUAUGCUGCCUCUAGACUCCUUGCAAAGCUCCCGCUGGACUUUCGGAGCGUGCCAAAGGAGGCUGAGACGUCAGCAGUGCUGCUUUUCCGGAAAGAAACUGAAGUGUGUGAAGCGCUGGUGCCUUUUUUUGUGGAAACGCACACUUGCGCACACAGAAACAUGUGACCAAGCUCUUAAAAAGAGGAUGAGGACUGAAGAAAAGUGACUGCUUUUAAUGACCCACCUCUUGCUUUUUUUGUUUAUUUUGAUGAUUCUUUUCCAUUUGUGUUGGAAUUCUAUUACAUUCUUGCCAUCAUUCCAUUGCUUGGCAUUCCAGGAUUCUGUGUUCCCGAGAGAAAUGAACGAUGGAGCACCGAACUCUUAAGAGACAAAAAGGAGAAAAUAGGAUAUGAGUACAAUAAGGAAACAUACAACUAACAGAAGAAGAAGAAGUAGAAGAAAACAUAACACUGCCUCCAGUUGAUUUUUUUUAUUUUAAAUUUUUUAAAAUGCUCCGUUUUUACCAUGAUAACAUAGUUAUCAUACAAAAAUCCAGAGCAGUUAUCCUUAAUGGUUAAAAAAUUAAUAAUACAUGGUAUAUAGUGUUGGGUAUAUUUGUAAAUAUAUUCAAAAAUGUAAAAAUAUAUAUUAUAUAUUUACAAUGAAUUAUUUUUUGUAUGGACUUCCGAACAAUUCCUCCCUUUUCCCGCAGAGUGAGAAAGAGAUGUAGACACAUCUAGAUGUUUCUAUUACAUUCCCAGACUUACAUUCACACAUAUAUAGCAGGACUCGACAUUAAAAAAACCCAUGAAAUUGUUUGACAAGUUCAGUUUUCUUUUUUGUCUCUUUUCUUUGUCAUUUUUUUCGGGAAUGUAUUAGCGCUUAGAUGACCUCAAAACUAAAAAAACAUGAACUAAAAGCCACAAAACUCUCAGUUUUCAUGCAUAUGUUCCAGGCACAUUGAGCCGUGGUGCUGGUUCGGAUCCUGGUGCACAAAAUAUUUUGGAAAAGUUUAAUGUCGGGUCCUGCGCAACUCUCACUAGCUGACACAGUCACGUAUUGGCUUUCAGGGAAAGAGAUAGCGUGUUAAUUUAUUGACUUGUGUUAAAAAAAAUCAAAAGGAUCAAAAUAAUAAAGAGAUAAUAAUAUUAAUGAUGACCGUAGAAACAAUUAUGAUUCAUAAUGUUUAUUUUGUAAUUUAAAAUGACAUUUCAGUGGUACCAAGAUUAUUUGUAGCUGGUAUCAAAAGAUUUGCAUUUCUUACGUCUUUUUUAUAUAUAUAUAUACAAAUGUGAAUGGUAAGUUAAAAUGCAAAAAUAACAUACAUUUUUUAUAGUCAGCUAAUCCCUUUUCUCUAGUAGAGGAUGUCGUUUUAUCCAGCUGUUUUUCUCACACUGAAGUUUGCAUUUGAAUUUGAUGAAAUACUGGAAAAAAGGUUGCAGUAUAUUUUGCGCAGUUUUACCCACAUCAACUCGAAAGUAUUACGAAUCGCUCACGUGUUUUUCUUCCAGACAAAUGAGCUGAGGUUGUUCUCAACAAGUGUUCCUGACAGAUUUGUAAAAUUAAAGAUGAAAAAAAUGA